AUUCAGAGCAGGGGAAACUGAGGCAGAGGGGGCCCUGCAGCCCUGUGGGGGGGUUGGCAGUGCACCGCUGGGGCUCGGGGGGGGACCCAACCAAGGCAAUGCCACCACUCGUGUCCCCUCUGUGCCCGCUCCCUGGGUGGGUGGGGGGUGUCACGGGCAUCCCCCGGGAAUCACCCCCCUGUUUAAUUACAGCAGCUGCCCAAAUUCCACCCCGUGGGGUGCUUCUGCUCCUCACCCCAGCUGUGCCAAUCUCAUUUCGCUCACAUCUCCCCACGGAUCCCCCAAAAGCCCCCCCUGGGGACGGCAUCCCACAGCAGGGGGGUCCCGGCCGUGGCACCGGGGGGUGACCCCGAUAACCGGGGGUCCUGCCGCAGCCACCGGUGGGUCCCGGCAGGGAAGGGGUGGCCGCCAGCUCGGGGCCUGUCCGGGGUUGGGACGGGGCCCGUUGGGGGGCGUGGGGACUGGCGUGGCGCUGACAUCACGGCCGGUGGCAGCGGGGCUGUCGGGGCUGGGCGCACCGAGACAUUGCGCACCGGAGCCUCCGGCCACGAUGGCAGCUCAGCUCUAACCCGGGAGGCCGGAGCGGUGCCGGAGGUCCCCGUCCAAGUGAUGGUGGCACCGUGCUCCGGGAGCCGCCGCGAGGAUGCCUGAGGCCAAGCCCCUGAGCUCCUCCUGCCUGCUGCUCUCCUUGCUCUCCGCGCACUGGGCUUGGCUCCAGCUGGGCCAGGCUUUCCCCAGCACCUCCGAGUACCUGCAGCGGGGCUGGCAGCGGCUGCUGGAGGAAGGGGAAGGCUGCGCCCAGUGCCGGCCGGACGAGUGCCCGGAGCCGCGCGGGUGCCUGGCCGGCACGGUGCGGGACGCCUGCGACUGCUGCUGGGAGUGCGCCAACCUGGAGGGGCAAAUCUGCGACCUGGACAACACCAACCACUUCUACGGCAAGUGCGGGGAGCACCUGGAGUGCCGGCUGGACGCCGGCGACCUGCGGCACGGCGAGGUGCCCGAGCCCCAGUGCGCCUGCCUCUCGCACCGAGCCCUCUGCGGCUCCGACGGCAGGACCUACCCGCAGCUCUGCCGCUUCCUCGAGGCCGCCCGUGCCCGCCCCGAUGCCAACCUCACCGUGGCCCACGAGGGGCCCUGCGAGGCAGAGCCCCAGAUCACCUCCCCACCCUACGACGCCUGGAACGUCACUGGCCAGGACGUCGUCUUCGGCUGCGAGGUCUUCGCCUACCCCAUGGCGUCCAUCGAGUGGAGGAAGGACGGCACCGAGAUGCUGCUGCCGGGGGACGACCCCCACAUCUCCGUCCAGUUCAGGGGCGGUCCCCAGAGGUACGAGGUGACGGGGUGGCUGCAGAUCCAGGGCGUGCGGGUGACCGAUGAGGGCACCUACCGCUGCUUCGCCAGGAACAAGGUCGGCGAGGUGGUGGCGUUCGCCAGCCUGACUGUCUUCACGCCGGACCAGCUCAACCUGACGGGCUCGUCCCUGCCCAAGCCCCGCGUGGUGCCCGAGGACUACGGGGACAGCGAGGAGGACUACUACUAGCCCGGCUCUCUGCUGUGCUCGCCCCACGGGGCCCGUCCCUGGGGAGCAAACACCCCCAAAGCUGUCCGCAUCCCCUGGGGAGGGACAGCCAGGCUUCGCCCCAGGAGCUUGCUGCAGGAACGCCCUCCCUUCCUGUUUCGUUUUUAAGCAGAAAAGUAGUGAUUUGAGGAAACCAGACACUUGUGGUUUUCACCACUAUCUUCCCCUCCCUGGACAAUGCCGGCCUGAACGUCGACGUGGCCAGAAACACUUUUUGGCCUUUUUUUGACUGAAUUUGUCCCUUCCAAGCAGCUCUGCAGCGGGACAUUUCGGCGAGCGCUGGUGCGCACAGUGCCCGGAUCAAAGCUGACGCAGGGCAGCGAGCGUCCUGCACCCCCAGGGCUCAUCCUGGGGGGGGGUCCCCUGCGUGCUGGGGAUCCUGCUGGCUCUCUGCACCCCCAGCUCCUCGCCUCCCAUCCCUGCCACCACCCGGCCCCGGCCCCUUCCCUCCUCCCAGCUGUGGGGAGGUCCGGAGCCGAGGCCAGGAGCUGGCGGGUCCCCAGGCAGGAUGCGCCCAGCCUUGGCUGCUCCGGGGUUGCACGCUGCUCUCCUUCCCCUUUCUUCUUUUUCUUUCCCUUUCCUCUUUCUCUCGAGAGCUGGCUCGGACGAUGCAAUUACAGCAUCAAAACCUGAACAAGCAAAUAAAAGGGAUUUGUCUGGA